AUAGGCUGGUCGGAUUGAUGUGACGUCACUUACCGCCAGCCAAUGAAAAAAGAGGCCGGGGCUAUAUAGUACUUUCGGCCUCUUGCUUCGUUCCUUUCCGUCUUGGCCAGUCGACGCGGGCCUGUUGCCAAGAUCUGUAAGCUCUCGGUCAAGUAAUCAACCAUGGGCAAGGAGAAGAUCCAUAUUUCCAUCGUGGUGGUGGGCCACGUAGACUCUGGCAAGUCCACCACUACUGGUCAUCUCAUCUACAAAUGCGGUGGUAUCGACAAGCGAACCAUCGAGAAGUUCGAGAAAGAGUCCUCUGAGAUGGGCAAGGGCUCCUUCAAGUACGCCUGGGUGCUGGACAAGCUGAAGGCUGAGCGUGAGCGCGGUAUCACCAUCGACAUCGCCCUGUGGAAGUUCGAGACCAACAGGUUCUACGUGACCAUCAUCGAUGCCCCAGGCCAUCGUGAUUUCAUCAAGAACAUGAUCACCGGAACAUCCCAGGCUGACUGCGCUGUGCUGAUCGUUGCUGCCGGUACUGGCGAGUUCGAAGCUGGUAUCUCUAAGAACGGUCAGACCCGUGAGCACGUGUUGCUGUGCUUCACCCUGGGUGUGAAGCAGCUGAUCGUGGCCGUCAACAAGAUGGACAGCACCGAGCCCAAGUACUCAGAGGAGCGCUUCAAGGAAAUCCACAAGGAAGUGAGCGCCUACGUGAAGAAGGUCGGCUACAACCCAAAUGUGGUCCCCAUCAUCCCCAUCUCCGGCUUCAACGGCGACAACAUGCUUGAGAAAUCCGAAAACAUGGGCUGGUGGAAGAAGCAGAAGAUCCAGCGCAAGAGCGACAGCUAUGAAUUCGAGACCCUGUUCGAUGCCCUGGACAACAUCGAGCCCCCCACCAGACCCCUGGACAAGGCCCUCCGUCUUCCCCUUCAGGACGUGUACAAGAUUGGAGGUAUUGGAACAGUGCCCGUGGGCCGUGUGGAGACUGGUAUCCUGAAGCCAGGUAUGGUUGUCAACUUUGCCCCCACUGGCCCCACCACUGAGGUAAAGUCUGUGGAGAUGCACCACGAAGCUCUUACCGAGGCUGUCCCUGGUGACAACGUUGGCUUCAACGUGAAGAACGUGUCCGUGAAGGAUCUGAAGCGUGGCUUCGUCGCUUCCGACUCGAAGAACGACCCAGCCAAGGAAGCUGCUGACUUCACCGCCCAGGUGAUCGUCCUCAACCACCCUGGCCAGAUCCAGGCUGGCUACUCACCUGUGCUUGAUUGCCACACUGCUCACAUCGCCUGCAAGUUCGCUGAACUGCUGACCAAGAUCGACAGGCGUACCGGUAAGGAGCUGGAAGCCGGACCCAAGCACGUGAAGUCUGGCGACUCCUGCAUCGUAAAGAUGGUUCCCAGCAAGCCCAUGUGCGUGGAGACCUUCCAACAGUAUGCUCCCCUUGGACGUUUUGCUGUGCGUGACAUGAAGCAGACGGUAGCUGUGGGUGUGAUCAAGGAGGUCAACAAGAAGGAUCAAUCUGGCAAGACUACCAAGGCCGCAGAAAAGGCCCUCAAGAAGAAGUAACCUACAUCUUAGAGACACUAUAGGAUUACUGUGUUAUCUAGUCUUUAAGAUGUAUGGUUUUUAUAAAUAAAACUGAUUAAGGAGAUUACAACAA